ACUCACUGCGGGCAUGACACACUGGCACUGCGCGUGAGGGGGGGCUCUCCUACGGUCCUGCAGCGUCGCUUUCUUUCGUAACGGCGGCUCACAACACAGAAGACGGAGAGGAAGAAGCCCCCGUACGGAUUUAGACGCGAGUGGAGUGACUGUUCCGUGAAGCCGUUGUGCGCAAAAAAAGACUUGAUCCUUGAUCCGUCAAUGGCAGGGGCACAGCCUGGAGUCCACGCGCUGCAGCUCAAACCGGUGUCCGUGCCCGAGUGUCUAAAGCGGGGCAACAAAUUCAUGAAAUGGGACGAUGAUUCGACCACUGUGACCCCCGUGACCUUAACCGUUGACCCCAAAGGAUACUUCCUGUAUUGGACUGAUCAGAACAAGGAGACCGACCUGUUGGACAUCGCCUACGUCAAAGAUGCUCGAAACGGAAAGUGCACCAAGACGCCAAAGGAGGCGAAGUUGCGUGAGCUGCUGGACGUCAGCACUCUGGUGGGGAAGAUGGAGAACCGUAUGCUAACGGUGGUGAGCGGGCCGGACAUGGUCAACAUCACAUACCUGAACUUCAUGGCCUUCCAGGAGGAGACCGCCAAGGAAUGGGCCGAGGAGCUGUUCAAACUGGCAUCAAACCUCCUGGUGCAGAACAUGCCCAGAGAAGACUGUCUGGAGAAGGCAUACACGAGACUGAAGCUGCAGCUCAACCCCGAAGGCAAGAUUCCCGUCAAGAACAUCUUCAGGAUGUUCACGGCGGAUCGGAAGAGAGUGGAGACGGCGCUGGAAAACUGCAACCUCCCGUCUGGACGAAGCGACUCCAUACCACAGGAGGACUUCACUCCAGAGAUCUACACACAGUUCCUCAUUAACAUCUGCCCUCGACCAGAACUCGACCACAUCUUCUCUGACGUGGGAGCGAAGAGCCGGUCGUACCUCAGCGUGGAGCAGAUGACAGAGUUCAUAAACAGCAAACAAAGAGACCCCAGACUCAACGAGAUCCUGUACCCGCCGCUCAAGCCCGAGCAGGUGCAGCUGCUGAUCGACAAGUACGAGCCCAGUGCGGAGCUGGCGCAGAGAGGUCACAUUUCGGUGGAAGGCUUCGCGCGGUACCUGAGUGCAGAAGAGAACAGCAUCAUUCCCCCCGAAAAACUGGACCAGAGCGAAGACAUGACCUACCCCCUGUCCCACUAUUUCAUCAACUCCUCCCACAACACCUACCUCACAGCGGGUCAGCUGGCGGGGAACUCGUCCGUGGAGAUGUAUAAACAGGUGCUACUGUCCGGCUGCCGCUGCAUCGAGCUGGACUGUUGGAAGGGUCGGACCACAGAGGAGGAGCCGGUCAUCACACACGGCUUCACCAUGACAACAGAGAUCUCCUUUAAGGAAGUGAUCGAGGCCAUUUCAGAGUGCGCUUUCAAGACCUCCCCCUUCCCCAUCAUCCUCUCGUUUGAAAACCACGUCGACUCACCAAAGCAGCAGGCCAAGAUGGCGGAGUACUGCAGGUCGAUAUUUGGAGACGCUUUACUCACCGACCCCCUGGAGAAGUAUCCUCUGGAGUCGGGCGUUCCUCUGCCCAGUCCCUUCGAGCUCAUGGGUAAAAUCCUCAUCAAAAACAAGAAGAAACAUCACAAAAAGGACAGCACCAAGAAGAAGCUGUCGGAGCAGGUGUCCAACACGUGCAGCGACUCGUCCAGUGUGUGCGAGCCGUCCUCCCCCAGCGCAGGUUCGACCAAAGAGGAGCUGGUCGACUCCUCACAGCCUCCAGAAGGGGGCGAGCUCAGCCUGAGACCUCAUGGCAGAAAAUCUAUCGGAGAAGUGGAGGCAGAGAGUGAGGAUGAAGACGAUGACGAUGAUGACUGUAAAAAAGGAUCCAUGGACGAGGGCACUGCUGGUAGUGAGGCCUUCGCCACAGAGGAAAUGUCCAACCUGGUCAUCUACAUCCAGCCUGUGAAGUUCAACAGCUUUGAGGCCUCCAAAAAGAUCAACCGCAGUUUCCAGAUGUCGUCCUUCGUGGAAACAAAAGCUCUGGAGCAGCUCACCAAAUCCCCAGUGGAGUUUGUGGAAUACAACAAGUCUCAGCUGAGCAGGAUCUACCCCAAAGGCACCAGAGUCGACUCGUCCAACUACAACCCUCAGCUCUUCUGGAACGCCGGCUGUCAGCUGGUGGCGCUCAACUUCCAGACGAUAGAUCUGUCGAUGCAGCUGAACCUGGGCAUGUACGAGUAUAACGGGAAGUGCGGCUUUCGGCUCAAACCAGAGUUCAUGAGGAGACCGGACAAGAACUUUGACCCCUUCACCGAGAACACCGUGGACGGGAUUGUCGCCAAUACUUUGUCUGUCAAGAUCAUAUCGGGGCAGUUCUUAUCGGAUAAAAAAGUGGGCACGUACGUGGAGAUCGACAUGUUCGGCCUCCCGGUGGACACGAAGAGAAAAGCCUUCAAAACCAAGACGUCCCAGGGCAACGCCAUCAACCCGGUGUGGGAGGAGGAGGCCAUCGUCUUCAAGAAGGUGGUGCUGCCCACUCUGGCCUCUCUGAGAAUAGCCGUGUUUGAAGAAGGAGGAAAGUUCAUCGGACACCGCAUCAUCCCCGUGUCCUCCAUCCGCCCCGGUUAUCGCUACAUCAGCCUGAGGAAUGAGAAGAACCAGUCUCUGACACUGCCGGCUCUGUUUGUGUAUGUGGAGGUGAAGGACUAUGUGCCCGACACGUUUGCAGACGUGAUCGAGGCUCUGUCCAACCCCAUUCGCUACGUCAACCUGAUGGAGCAGAGGGCCAAUCAGCUCGCAGCACUGACGCUGGAGGAGGGCGGGGAGGAGGAGGGAGACAAGGACGUGGAGGCGGGCAGUGACGCUCCCUGUGAGUCCAAGGUGGACUCUCGGGUCACGUUACCCGCAGAGAACGGCCUGAGCCACACCCCCAUCAUCGCCCCCAAGCCGCCGUCACUGGGAGGGCAUCAGCCGCAGCCUGCAGGCUCUUUGAAGCCCGCGGUGAAGACUGAAGACAUUAUCCAGAGCGUCCUCACAGAGUUGGAGGCUCAGAGUCUGGAGGAGCUGAAGCAGCAGAAGGCGUUUGUCCGAGAGCAAAGGAAACAGUACAAAGAAAUGAAGGAACUGGUCCGAAAACAUCACCGAAAAACAACGGAACUCAUCAAAGAACAUACGGCUCGAGUAUCAGAACUACAGAGCCAACAGCAGAGGAGGAGGUCCGCCCUGCUCAAGAGCCACAAGAGGGAGGGGAAGAAGAGUCGGUCGGAGCAGUCGUUAUCGACGUUGGACCAGGAACUGUCAGAGCUGGACCAGGAGUGUCAACAGAGACUGAGCGAACUCAAAGAACAACAACAACAACAACUACUCACACUGAGACAGGAGCAGUACUACAGCGAGAAGUACCAGAAGAGAGAGCACAUCAAACAGCUGGUGGAGAAGCUCAACACCAUCGCAGAGGAAUGUCAGAACGCACAACUCAAGAAGAUACGAGACCUCUGCGAAAAAGAGAAGAAAGAACUGAAGAAGAAAAUGGACAAGAAGAGACAAGAAAAGAUCAACGAAGCCAAGUCCAAAGACAAAAACGUGACUGAAGAAGAGAAGCUCGAGAUCAACAGGUCGUUUGUGAAUGAAGUGGUGCAGUAUAUUAAACGGCUGGAGGACGCUCAGAGUAAGAGACACGAGAGACUACUGGAGAAACACAAGGACAUCAGACAACAGAUCCUGGACGAGAGGCCAAAGCUGCAGAGCGAUCUGGACCAGGAGUACCAGGACAAGUUCCGGCGGUUGCCCGUGGAGAUCCAGGAGUUUGUUCAGGACAGCGGGAAAACCAAGCUCUGCGACGACGCCAAAAUCCCGUCCUCUUCCUCCACGUCGGAAAAACUCACCCACAAAACGUCGCAGUCCGAAGACGACGCCGAGGAGGGCUCCACGGAAAAGGUCUACGACACGCCCCUUUAAGGACCUUGGUUUACGGACUGUACGGGGAUAAUUAUUUGGAACUGCUGGAUUUUAUUUGGACGGUGCUAUUUCUAACC